UCUUCGAGUUGAAUUUACUUACGGAGAAGAAGGGACAAGAACCUCUUAUCCUCCAAGUAGAUUCUCGAGAUGACCAGUCCAAAGAAAUUCUUGCGAAAUAGUAACCUCCGAAAGUGAUUAGAGUGAGCCGAAAGAAGUCCAAACUCGAAGUUGGACCUGGGGAAGUGGGACCCGGUUUUCUCUCCGCCACUGAGAUUCGCCGAUCCCCGAAACCCCAACCCAAUCCAGUACCAUCACCAUGGACCUCCUCUGCUCCGCCUCCCAUUUCUCAACCCUCCGAUUCACCAAUAUCCAUUCUCCCCUCUCACCCAUACGCAGACAUCACUUCACUGUCAGGUCCACUCUUCCUUUUCCGGCCCAGAACGCCAAGUACCAUCGAGAGCUCGAAGCGGCAGUGGGGGUGGUCGAGAGAGCUUGUCGUCUUUGUCUCGACGUGAAAUCGUCCUUGUUUUCAAGUGAUGGGCGUGUAGUUGAGAAGAAUGACCAAACUCCGGUCACAAUUGCUGAUUUUGGAGUGCAGGCUCUGGUCAGUUUGGAGCUUGGUAACCUGUUCCCCUCAAUACCUCUGGUUGCUGAAGAGGAUUCCACCUUCAUUCGGUCAAAUAAUCUAGAAGAUUUGGUUGUAAAUGCUGUAACUGGUAACUCAAGCUUUACAGAGAGUACAUGUACAGAAGCUGAUGUUCUUCAAGCAAUUGACAGAGGUGGAAAGGAUGCUUUUACUUUUGGGACUAAACCUGCCACCUAUUGGGUAUUGGAUCCUAUUGAUGGGACACGAGGGUUUCUAAAAGGAAGUGAAGCCUUGUAUGUGGUUGGAUUGGCUCUUGUAGUCGAUGGUGAGAUUGCCUUAGGUGUUAUGGGAUGCCCUAACUGGCAGAAUGAACAAUCUAACAAAUUAGGGAUUAUAAUGGUUUCUCAUGUUGGCUGUGGCACUUGGACAAAACAAUCGCCGUUUGUGCUGGAUGGUACAACUGGUGUACCUUCUAGUUGGAUAAGAUGCUUUGUUGAUCACUGUUGCAUAGUUCACGAGGCACGCUUUUGUAGUCAAGAUAGUCAGUCAUGGGAUUCUUUGCCAUUAUCUCCAUUAUUCAGUGCUACAACGGAUGUUGAUAGUGUUGGGGAAAAUCAAGUUCUUCUUAUACCAUCAUGCUGUGGAAGCUUAUGCAAGUAUCUAAUGGUGGCAUCAGGCAGGGCUUCAAUUUUCAUUCUUCGCUCAAAAGUUGAUAGAAUUAUCAAGGCUUGGGAUCACGCUGUUGGCAUGAUAUGUGUUCAUGAAGCUGGUGGAAAGGUUUCUGACUGGAAAGGGAAUCAAAUCGACCUCGCUGCAGAUGAGGGCGGACGGAGGUUCAUUUAUCCUUCAGGUGGCGUCCUGGUGACAAAUGCCACCUUACACAAUCAAAUUCUAGAGCUGAUCUCUUGUGGUUCAAAUGUUUCACAGUGAAAUCUCUUUAUUCUUUUAGCCUCCAAAUGAAAAAUAAAAUAAAUCCUGGAAAUUUAAACGAGUAUUUCAGGGUUUUUAUUCUUUCUUUUUUCUUUUUACUUGUAUAUUGAUUUGAUGCUAUUAUUCAGUAGUGCCACCUCUGUCCAAUUAAAAUUAUGAUAUAUUCUUAUCAGAAUAUUUUAUUUUAUAUAUGCUGCUUUCCUUGUA